GAGUAUCUGCAAGGGUUUGGAAACUCCCACGCCUCCGAGGCCCUUCCCGGCGCUUUGCCCGUAGGCCAGAACAACCCCCAAAGAGCACCAUACGGGCUGUUCGCUGAGCAACUGUCUGGGACAGCCUUCACGGCUCCGCGCGCCGAGAACCAGAGGAGCUGGCUGUACCGCAUUCGGCCUUCCGUCUGUCACACACCCUUCGAGGCAGCGUCCUCCCCCACCCUUGUCCGCUCAUUCACCGCCGGUUCCCCAGAAUGUCAGUCAACACCGAACCAGUUGCGGUGGUCUCCCUUUGAGUUGCCCAAACAUGGAGGCGUAGACUUUGUGCACGGUUUGCACACCGUCUGCGGAGCUGGCGACCCUAGUCUGCGUGAUGGACUGGCGAUUCAUGUCUACCUCUGCAAUGCGGAUAUGGACAGCUCGGCGUUCUACAACUCUGACGGGGAGUUCUUAAUCGUCCCGCAGCAGGGUCGCCUGGACAUCCAGACCGAAUUUGGCCGACUAGUGGUAGAGCCUAAUGAGAUUGCCGUGAUUCCACGAGGAAUCCGAUAUGCCGUGAGGUUCCCGGACGGUCCUUCACGAGGAUAUAUCCUCGAGGUGUUCAACCGUCACUUUGAGCUUCCUGACCUCGGUCCUAUUGGUGCCAACGGAUUGGCGAAUGCCAGGGACUUCCUGUACCCAACUGCCGCCUACGAAGAUAUUGAGAACAAGACAUAUACCAUCAUCAACAAAUUCCAAGGACAGCUUUUCGCUCUGCAGCAGACCCACUCGCCGUUUGACAUCGUUGCAUGGCACGGGAACUACGCUCCAUACAAGUAUGACCUGCGCAAGUUCAAUACCAUCAACACCGUCUCAUUCGAUCAUCCGGACCCAUCUAUCUUCACAGUCCUGACUUGCAAAUCCAGCACUCCUGGAGUCGCAAUCGCUGACUUUGUCAUUUUCCCACCACGGUGGAUGGUAGCUGAGCACACGUUCAGGCCGCCCUACUACCACCGCAACUGCAUGUCUGAGUUCAUGGGUUUGAUCUCGGGAGGCUAUGAUGCCAAAGCCGAAGGCUUCCUCCCUGGUGGAGCGUCUUUGCACAGCACGAUGAGCUCACACGGUCCGGACAACGCCACCUUCGAAAAGGCAUCUACGGAAGAACUGAAGCCCGUCAAACUACGCCCGGACGGUCUGGCCUUCAUGUUUGAGUCCUGCUACAUGCUCUCGCUAUCCAACUGGGCUCUGCGUCCUGACCAAGCGGGUGGGAAGGUGCUACAGGCCAAGUACUAUGAGUGCUGGAUAGGCCUGAAGAAGCGGUUUGACCCGAAGAAUACGGAGGGAACUUGGGGUCAGGAGAAGGUUAGUGCUUAGGCGUAGAAGCAGAGCGUAACGUAGGCGCGUAGUCGACGACGAACUGUCGUCGAUGAGAGGCAUGCUCCCACGGUGUGCUUAUCAAUGUAUAAAGAUUAGGCAAAUUGGCCCCCCUCACUCAUUACUGUAACAUGAUGUUCUUCAAACUCAUAUGCUAUCCUCC